AUGUGGGAUUCACAGCAGGGUGAAUACCAAAGAAAACUCUACAGGGAUUUGAUGAAAAACUACAAUCGUUUGGAGCGCCCUGUACUGAAUGAAUCGCAGCCGCUAGUUGUUGAUCUUGGGGUGACCUUUAUACAGAUAAUUGAUGUGGAUGAAAAGAAUCAGGUAUUGAUCACAAAUGUUUGGCUACAAAUGUACUGGACAGACUGCUACUUAAGGUGGAAUGCUUCUGAAUAUGGUGGUGUUCAGAAAGUGCGCUUUCCUUCAGACCAUGUGUGGGUACCAGAUAUUCUCCUCUAUAACAGCGCGGAUGACAGAUUUGACGCAACUUUUCACACCAAUGUUCUUGUAAAUUCCAGUGGAUUUUGUAAAUACAUCCCACCAGGUAUUCUGAAGAGUACAUGCUACAUUGAUGUUCGCUGGUUCCCCUUUGAUGUCCAAAGGUGCGACUUAAAAUUUGGCUCCUGGACACAUGAUGGUUGGCUACUGGACCUGCAGAUGAUGGAAGCUGAUAUUUCUACCUAUAUACCAAAUGGAGAAUGGGACCUUGUUGGAGUACCAGGAAAGAGGAAUGAGCUCCAUUAUGAGUGUUGUGAGGAGCCCUAUCCAGAUGUGACCUAUACAGUGCUGAUGCGUAGGCGUACGCUCUAUUAUGGACUAAACCUGCUGAUUCCAUGUGUCUUGAUAUCUGGGCUGGCACUUCUUGUAUUCCUGUUGCCAGCUGAUUCUGGGGAGAAAAUUUCAUUAGGGAUCACUGUGCUGUUAUCCUUAACAGUAUUUAUGCUGCUUGUGGCAGAGAUAAUGCCAGCAACAUCUGACUCUGUCCCAUUGAUUGCUCGAUACUUCGCAAGUACCAUGUUCAUCGUGGGCCUGUCUGUGGUCGUCACUGUGUUGGUGCUUCAGUUUCAUCACCAUGAUCCCCAUGCAGGAAAAAUGCCCAAGUGGGUGCGAAUGGUAUUGUUGAAUUGGUGUGCUUGGUUUCUCCGAAUGAAGAAACCUGGAGAAGGAAAGAGCAGUAUGCCCUACAGGUACAAUCAGCAACAGCAACAGAGCAUCAGCAGCAUGGAAAUGAGUGGACUACCCGGUCAUCGGUCUAGCAAUGGCAACAUGAUCUACUUUGGCUAUCAUACAAUGGAGAACCCCUGCUGCCCUCCCAGCAGCGAUUCAGGUGUGAUGUGUGGCCGAAUCACAUGCUCACCAUCCAAGGACAAUGGCAAUGCUCAGAGCAGCCCUCUGGUCGGAAGCUCUCCAGAGAUAACGAAGAUUCUGGAGGAGCUGCAGUUCAUUGCCAGGCGCUUCCGGGACCAGGAUGAGGGUGAAGCUAUCUGCAGCGAAUGGAAGUUUGCCGCCGCAGUGGUCGACAGACUGUGCUUAGUGGCAUUUACAGUUUUUUCUAUAAUUUGUACAUUUGCCAUUUUAAUGUCAGCCCCUAAUUUCAUAGAAGCAGUUUCGAAAGAUUUUGCAUGA